AUGCCAUCACCGAAUAGCUACAUCCUCGUCUCGCUCCCUCUGCGGAUCUUCGAUUCUAGCGAUAAAGAUGAUGCGCUCUCUGCGAUAAGCGCAACCAUAACUUCCGAUAAUGGAACCGUCCAGCCAUUCCCGAUACCAGAGUUCAAGAUUGGCACGCUUGAUGCCCUAGUGCAACAGGCUGAUGAUCUGGCAAAGCUGGACUCGGCUUGUGAGGGCGUGGUAAAUCGGAUGGCAGAUUCGCUGAAGAAUAUUCUUGAUGGAGAUGAAGAGAAGAUCGCACAGAAUAAGAUGGUUAAUGAUAAACCGACUGAGCAGUACCUACGCACCUUUAGCUGGAACAAGAUCAGAUAUAGAUCCGACCGUCCUUUGGGAGAGCUGAUCUCUACUCUCCAGAAGGAACUCGUCAACAUCGAUAAUGAUGUCAAGGGCAAAUUUAACCAAUAUAACUCUGUGAAAAGCAACCUUGCUGCGUUGGAGCGGAGACAAACUGGCAAUCUUGCAACCAAAUCCCUCACUCCCAUCGUUGACCCUCGAAUUCUCAUUCAAGACUCCGAGUAUCUAGAGACUCACCUAGUCGUGGUUCCGUCAAAUGCCAGGAAAGAUUUCUUAAAGGCUUAUGAGACGCUCGCGCCGAUGGUGGUGCCUCGAUCGGCCGUUGAGGUUGCGAAGGAUGACGAAUUCACUCUGUUCGCCGUAACUACAUUCAAGAAACACAGCGCCGAGUUCCUCCAGAAGGCCCGAGAGCACAAGUGGACUCCCCGUCAGUACAAAUACGUUGAAGGCGGUAAAGAGGAAGAGCAGCGAGAACUUGACAGAGUCGCCAAGGAAGAGAGAAAGGUUUGGGGAGAGGCCCUACGGCUGGGACGAUCGGGCUGGAGCGAGAGCGUAAUGGUAUGGGCGCACAUCAUGACCCUCAGAGUCUUCGUCGAAACUGUGCUCCGUUACGGUCUUCCCCUGGAAUUUGUUUGCGCACUUGUCAAGACUACGCCAAAGCUGUCGAAGAAGGCGAAAACGGCUCUGGAUUCAGCAUACUCGUACCUCGGCGGAAAUGCUUUCGGAAGAGACAAAAAGGGACGUGUAACAAAGGACGACGCUGCGCUGUCUUCUGAGAUGGCUGCUGCUGGAAUAGGAUUCGGAGAAGGCAACGAGUACACGGCGUACGUGUACUACGACUUUGAAUUCCCUUAG